AAUGUAAUUUAGUUGCAAUUCUACAAUAAAAUCGAAUCAAGCUAAUUGUUCUUAAUUCGGGAAGACGCUAUUUAAUUAAAAAAAUUAAUAUUAAACAAAAAUUUAUAAAAAACAUCAUUUUAUAUAUAAAAAAAAAAUAAAAUAAGAAAAAUGACAAAAAUUAAUGAUUGUGAAAGAUCGGAAGCCGAUUGUAAAAUCGAAAAUUGUUCGAAAAAAAUUCGUAAAAUGGCAAAAAUAAUUGAUGGCAAGAAAAUUGCCGAAGAAAUUCGUAAAGAGAUGAAAGAAGAAGUUAAUCAAUGGAUUGAAAAAGGUAAUCGUCGACCACAAUUAACAGCAGUAUUAGUUGGUUCGGAUCCAGCAAGUUGUGUUUAUGUACGUAAUAAAAUGAGAGCAGCAGCUGAUGUCGGUAUCGAUAGUAUAACAAAAAAUUUACCAUCAGAUAUAACCGAAAAACAAUUAUUAGAAUUUAUAGAAGAAUUAAAUAAUGAUAAUAAUGUUGAUGGUAUUUUAGUUCAAUUACCAUUACCCGAACAUAUUAAUGAAAGGACAAUAUGUAAUGCAGUAUCAUGUGAUAAAGAUGUUGAUGGAUUUAAUGAAAAAAAUGUUGGUAGACUUUGUCUUGAUAUGAAUGCAUUAAUACCAUGUACACCAUUAGGUGUACAAGAAUUAUUAAAACGUAGUAAUAUUGAAACAUUUGGUAAAAAAGCUGUUGUUGUUGGUCGUUCUAAAAAUGUUGGUAUGCCAAUAUCAAUGUUAUUACAUGUUGAUGGACGUAAUGAUACUGAUGGUAUGGAUGCAACAGUAACAAUAUGCCAUAGAUUUACACCACCAGAAGAUUUAAAAAUGUAUUGUAAACAAGCUGAUAUUAUAAUAACAGCAACUGGUGUACCAAAUUUAAUAAAAUCUGAUAUGAUUAAACCAGGUGCAUGUAUUAUUGAUGUUGGUAUUACAAGAAUAACAUGUCCAGUAACUGGUAAAACAAAAUUAGUUGGUGAUGUUGAUUUUGAAAAUUGUAAAGAAAUUGCUGGUUGGAUAACACCAGUACCAGGUGGUGUUGGACCAAUGACUGUUGCAAUGUUAAUGCAUAACACAAUAUUAGCUGCUAAAAAAUUAAAAGAAAAACGAAAUAAUAUGAACAUAUGAAAAUUUUCCUACGUGAAUUGUACUUUUUAAUUAAUUAUUUAUUAAAAUUUUAUUUUAUUCUAAUUAUAUAAAAUAUUUCAAUAACGUUAAUAUGAAAUUUUAGAAUGUAGGAAAUUAAAUUUGUAAUAAUAUUUUGAAUAAAAGUUCAUUUGUAGUAAUUAAAUUACGUUUUAAUUAAUUUUGCAAUUCUUCAAGAAAAGAAUUACAAAAAAUAUUACGUCAGCUAUUAAAAAUUAAUAUGAAAUAGACAUCAGUUUCAAAAAUACAUAAAAUUUAUUGCCUUGAGAAUUUGAAUUGUGAUAAUAUUGAUAAGAUUAAUUGGUAACCGAUAAGAAUAUUUUUUUAUCUAAAUUUUGAUUAGAGAAAAAAAAAUUUUUUUCGCUUUAAAAUUUUUAAAAUUUUGAAAAACUUUUAUAAAAUUUACAAUAUUUCCUGAAUUAAAUGUAAUAAAAGUUCAUAUCGCAAUAUGUAACAUAAAUAUUUAUUUUGUAUGUAUGUAUGUACACACAUAAGCAUAGAUAAGAGCUGCUAUAAAAAAUAUUAAUCAUCAUAGAUGUACUUCAACCAAACUCUAUACAUGUAAUAAAUUUGAGCUUUACACGUAAGCAACAGCAUGCAUAUUAGGUAAGAAUUAUUAUUAAGACUUUUCUUUAAAUAAAUCAAAACGUUGCGAAUGAUGUAAUGAUUUCUGUCAGUGUUGCAAUAUUAAGGGAUUUUUCCCAUUUUCAUCAAUAAAGAAAAAGUUAAAAACUGGAAAAGG